CUUUGGAUUUUUAUCUUUUGAAUCUGAAGACAGCAUUGAUCAAGUGUGUGGUCAGCGUUUUGUGAACAUCAACGGCAAGCAGAUUGAAUGCAAAAGAGCUGAGCCAAGGGAUUCUUAUCGCCGUAAUGCUGGGCAACCUUAUAACACAUACCAAAAUUCUCAGAAUGGAAGCAUGAAACCGUCCUCUUUUGGACCUGGAAAUUCUGCUGGUUAUCAGACCCCUGGAUGGAAUGCACCUCAACAACCAUACAUGAUGCAAGGUAACGCAUAUGGAGGAUACCAAAAUUACAAUGCACCUCCUGUUGCUCCAGCAUAUGGUUCAAAUUCUGCACCACCGUAUAAUAGCAUGCCAUCAGCACAGUAUUCUCAGUCAUCCUAUUCAUCUUAUGGAACUGGUACACAGUACAAUUACGCACAAACACCUAAUGCCAGUAGCUAUACCCAGCCUGCUGCAAGAACUUAUUCUCAACCUCCUCCUGUUGGUUAUUCAAAUCCUGCUGCUAAUAGUUAUUCUCAGGGUGCUCCUGUUCCAGAAGCAAAAGCUCCAAAUGUGUCUUCAGCUUACGGAGCCGCUUCAAGUGCUCCAAGUGCAUCUGGUUAUGGACCACCAAAAGCAUAUACUUCAACUUUCCCCAAAGCACAAACUUAUGCCAGUACAGAUGGUAUGGGCUACAGUGGUCAAGGAGUGGCAUCAGCAUCAAAAAAUAUUGGUUAUCAUCCAUAUAGACGCUAAAUGUUUUAUUUUUAUUGUAUUGUUUAUAUUUCAAUAAACAUUUAAGAAUUUUAACAGUUCAAUGUUUGA